AUGGGGGUACCUUUAUUUGGGGAGAACAAUUCCUUCUAUUCCCGGAUAUGGAACGGACUAAGUCAGAAACUGCAAGGCAAAAAAUCCUGGGAUAAACAUCUGGAUGAAAUCUACUUACUCCAGCAGAAAAGGAUCUGGGAAUCCCCACUUCUCCAGGCUGCCAAAGAGAACAACCUUGCUGCCAUUAGGAAACUUCUCACUGAUGGAACAUGCGAUAUCUAUCAGAGAGGAGCAGUGGGAGAGACUGCCCUUCAUGUAGCUGCCAUGUAUGAUAACUUGGAGGCAGCAGUGGCUCUGAUGGAAGCAGCCCCUGAGCUUAUCAAUGAGAGGAUGACAUCAGAACUGUAUGAAGGGCAGACAGCUCUCCACAUCGCAGCAGCCAACCAGAACACCACGUUGGUGAAGGCUUUGCUGAAGAGAGGAGCCAAUGCCAGCACAGCAAGGGCCACUGGGCACUUCUUCAGGCGCAGCUCCCAGAACCUUUUCUAUUUUGGAGAGCAUGUUUUAUCAUUUGCUGCCUGUGUGGGAAAUGAGGAAAUUGUGCAGCUGCUCAUUGAAAAUGGAGCUGACAUUAGAGCUCAAGAUUCUCUGGGUAACACUGUUCUUCACAUCCUGGUUCUCCAACCUAAUAAGACGUUUGCCUGCCACAUGUACAGCCUGAUACUUUCCUAUGACAGGAGCAAAGAGGGACCAGGUUCACUUGAACUGAUUCCUAACAAUGAGGGGCUUAGUCCAUUCAAACUGGCUGGAGUUGAGGGCAACACUGUGAUGUUUCAAUACCUUAUGCAGAAGCGGAAGCAGAAUCUCUGGUCCUUUGGCCCCUUGAGCACUGUGCUGUAUGAUAUCACGGAGAUUGACUCCUGGGCUGAAGAUCAAUCCUUCCUUGAGCUCAUUGUGUCCACCAAGAAGAGAGAGGCACGCCAGAUCUUGGACCUAACACCUGUGAAGGAGCUGGUGAGCCUGAAGUGGAACAUGUAUGGUCGUCCCUAUUUCUGUUUCCUGGCCUUAUUCUACAUCCUCUACAUGGUCUGCUUCACCAUGUGCUGCGUCUACCGGCCUCUGAAACCCCGAACAGGCAACAGGACCAGCAGCAGGGAUAACACAGUCUAUGUCCAGAAAAUGCUUCAGGAAUCAUAUGUGGCGUAUGAGGAUGAGCUGAGGCUGGUGGGGGAACUUAUCACAGUCAUUGGAGCUGUAGUAAUUUUGGUCCUUGAGAUUCCAGAUAUCCUUAGAGUUGGAGCAGCAAAAUACUUUGGACAAACAAUCCUAGGAGGGCCUUUCCACAUAAUUGUCAUCACAUACGCUUGCAUGAUCCUGGUGACCAUGGUGAUGCGUCUCACCAGCACAACUGGGGAGGUGGUGCCCAUGUCCUUUGCCUUGGUGCUAGGAUGGUGCAACGUCAUGUACUUCGCACGGGGCUUCCAGAUGCUCGGACCUUUCACCAUCAUGAUCCAGAAGAUGAUAUUUGGAGAUCUCAUGCGCUUUUGCUGGCUCAUGGCUGUGGUGAUAUUAGGCUUUGCAUCAGCUUUUUACAUCAUCUUCCAGACAGAGAACCCUGAAAACCUUGGGCAGUUCUACAACUAUCCCAUGUCCUUGUUCACCACUUUUGAGCUGUUCCUCACUAUCAUUGAUGGCCCUGCAAACUAUGAUGUGGACCUGCCCUUCAUGUACAGCGUGGUGUACUUUGCUUUUGCCAUCAUUGCCACCCUCCUUAUGCUCAACCUCUUGAUUGCCAUGAUGGGUGACACCCACUGGAGAGUAGCCCACGAGCAGGAUGAGCUCUGGAGAGCCCAGGUUGUUGCUACUACUGUCAUGCUGGAGCGGAAACUGCCCCGAUGCCUCUGGCCUCGCUCGGGAAUCUGUGGGCGGGAAUUUGGGCUGGGGGACCGAUGGUAUCUCAGAAUUGAAGACAGGGUUGAUCCCAACAAACACAAGAUGAUGCGGUACACAGAGGCAUUUAAAGCUCAGGAUAGGGAAAACUAUGACAAAGGUUCAGAAAAGCUGGAAACCAACGGAGACACCUUGUGCAAGAAGGAACUGUCUGCUUUGUCACUGUCACUGUCACGGAGCACAUCCAGAACUAGUUCUCACCGUGGCUGGGAGAUCCUGAGGCGCAACACCUUCCGCCAACUUUGUGGAGAGGUCGGUCCUGCUGUGGAUGAGGAGGUCUAUGAUGUCUAA